CUCUCCCUUUGCCGCCGGCCCGUUCCCCCGCCUGCUCUCGCCCGCCGCCUUCGGUCCUUUUGUCUAAGAUGGCGGCCCCGGGGGCGCUGCCGCCGCCGCCGCCGCCCCCGCCAUGAAGCGGCAGAACGAGCGGGCCUCGACCGCCGCGGCGGGCCGGGGCGCCGCGGCCUCGUCGGCCAAGCGGGCGCGGGAACCGGAGGCCGGGGGCCGGGGCGGCGGGGCCGGCCGGCGGGCCGCGCAUAGGAGCUCGCCCGGCCCGCCCCCGGCCCGCGACAAGGGCCGCGGCGGCCAGCGCCAGGGUCGCGCCUCCGGGGACGCCGGCCAGCGGGCCGUGGGCGGCGGCGGGGGGCGCGCCGGGGCGCUCCGGACCAAAGGCGAGGACCCGCCGGCCCCGCCGCCCCUCCUCCACGCGCCGCCCCUUCCCGAGUACAAGACGCUCCUGGUCAGCAGCCUGAGCCCCGCGCUGCCCGCCGAACACCUCGAGGACCGGCUCUUCCACCAGUUCAAGCGGUUCGGGGAGAUCAGCCUGCGGUUGUCCCACACGCCCGAGCUGGGCCGGGUGGCCUACGUGAACUUCCGUCACCCUCGGGAUGCCCGAGACGCCCGGCAUCACGCCCGGGCCCGCCAGCUGCUGCUCUACGACCGGCCGCUCAAGGUGGAGCCCGUCUACCUGCGGGGCGGCGGGCGGAGGAGCGGCGGCGCCGCCGCCCUGCUGGCCCCCGUUCCGCCCGAUCCCCUGGGCUACUUGCCCCCCCCGGCCGGCUACCCCUACCGCCGCCGUUCCCUGUCCCCGGCGGCCGGGCCGCCGCCGCGCGAGCCCCGGGCCCGGCACGCAGCGGCCUUCGCCCUGGACGCCGCGGCGGCGGCGGCGGCCGGCCUGGCCCGGGAGCGGGCCCUGGACUACUACGGGCUGUAUGAGGAGCGAGCCCGCCCCUACGGCCACCCCGCCCUCUGCGAGGAGGAGCUGAUGCCCGAGGACGAUCGGCGGGCCACGCGCAACCUGUUCGUCGGCAACCUGGACCACGGCGUGUCGGAGGCCGAGCUGCGCCGGGCGUUCGAGAAGUACGGCGUCAUCGAGGAGGUGGUCAUCAAAAGGCCGGCCCGGGGCCAGGGGGGCGCCUACGCCUUCCUCAAGUUUCAGAACCUGGACAUGGCCCACCGGGCCAAGGUGGCCAUGUCCGGCCGGGUGGUGGGCCGCAACCCCAUCAAGAUCGGCUACGGCAAGGCCGAGCCCACCACCCGCCUCUGGGUGGGAGGGCUGGGGCCCAACGCCUCGCUGGCCGCCCUGGCCCGGGAGUUCGACCGCUUCGGGAGCAUCAGGACGAUCGACUACGCCAAGGGGGACAGCUUCGCCUACAUCCAGUACGAGAGCCUGGACGCCGCUCAGGCCGCCUGCGCCCAGAUGCGCGGCUUUCCCCUGGGGGGGGCCGACCGGCGGCUCCGCGUGGAUUUCGCCAAAGCCGAGGAGAGCCGCCCCCCGCCGCCGCAGUACCAGCCCCCACCCCUCCCGCCGCGCUACGACGUGCUCCCCGACGGAUACGCCAGGCACCGCGGCCCGGAGGCCGACUUGAGGGUGCGGGACAGGACGCCCCCCCACCUCCUGUACUCGGAUAGGGAGCGGGGCUUCGGGGAGGGGGACCGGGCCGGCCCUGCCAGGACCCCGGAGCGCCGCAACGCCCCGGAGGGCCACGGCCGCUCGACGCGCAGCCGCAGCGGGGACCGCUGGGGCGGCGCCGGGGACCGCGGCCCCGCCAGGGCCCGGGAGGAGAGACGGAAGCGCCGGAGCCCCUCCGGCGACCGCGGGCGGGCCCCCCGCUCGCCGCACGAGGAGCGGGCCGGGCCCAAGGCCGGCGGGCCGCCCUCGGAGCGCAGCCCCGAGAGGCCGCGCAGAGAGCAUCGCGCCCCCGGCCGGGCCGGGGCCGACGAGGAGCAGGGCGGCUCCCUCCCCGACGACCGGCACGCUGCCGAGCGGAGGGCCGGCCGGGAAAGCCCGGAGCCUCCCCGGGGGAAGAAGAGAGAGGGCGAACGCGACGGCCGGGCCGGCGAGACGGAGCCGAGACCCCCCGACGAGCCGCGAGCCCAGACCGGAAAGCUCAGGAGCCUCUCUGAGUUUGCCCGGACGCUGCAGCUGGGCUGGAGCGGGCUCCUGGUCCUGAAGAACAGCUGCUUCCCUACUACUAUGCACAUCCUGGAGGGCGAGCUGGACGUCGUCAGCGGCCUCCUCAGAGACCCCGCCUCCGGCGGCGAGCUCGCCCAGCUCAAGAUCGCCCAGCGGCUCCGGCUCGACCAGCCCAAGCUGGAUGAGGUAACGCGGCGUAUCAGACGAGGGAGUCCCAACGGCUGCGUGGUGCUCCUGGCCACCCAGGCCUCCGCCGGAGGAGGGUCGGGAGGCGACGGGGCCUCCCCGGCGGAGCCGGGUCUGCAGCGGCGGCUUCUCAGGAAUCUGGUCUCAUACUUGAAACAGAAGCAGGCCGCUGGAGUGAUCAGCCUGCCGGUGGGAGGGGCCAAGGGCAGAGACGGCACGGGCAUGCUCUAUGCCUUCCCUCCCUGCGAAUUCUCCCACCAGUACCUCCAGUCGGCUCUGAGGACGCUGGGGAAGUUAGAAGACGAACACAUGGUGAUAGUGAUAGUCCGCGACACUGCCUAGCCCAAAUCUAGCUUUUUACGAUUCCCCCUUCACUUUGUUACAAAAGCAAUUAUUUUUAAAAGUUGAUUUCUUUCCUAUUGUGGCUUUUUGCUGUUGUUCGUUUUGGUGGCGGAGGGCGGGCGGGGGGAGACCCCUCCUCCCCCCCACCCUCCACCCGAAAACGGUAGGUUUGGGGAUCCUGUUAAUACGAUCGAUUGAAGGGAUCUGCCUCGCUCUUUUUUUUUUUUUUUCAAAUUUUUAAUGUACAUGACACUCUCCACUGGGAUGCUGUUUUUAAUUUUUCACUAACUGUAUGGAAAGAUGUCAGUAAAGCCUUGUCCACGGAUGAA